CUUGACGGCGGGGGCGUCGCGAAAGGCCCGUGAAGGACGGCGGCGGGCCCGUGAGGGGGGGCGGCGGUGUCGGCGGCGCGACAGCGGCCGUGUCGCGACAGGAGCGCAGCCAUGCCGUUCUGGGGCCUGCAGAAGCAGCUGGGCAUCGAUGUGGACAGCUUCCUGCUGCGGCAGAGCAUGCCGCAGCCGCACGGCCAGGCCGCGGUCUGCCACGCCUUCGAGCGCGAGUGGGUGGAGUGCGGGCACGGGCUGGGCCAGACCCGCGCCCGGCGCGAGUGUCAGCUCGAGUACGAGGAUUUCAUGGAGUGCAUGAAGCGCACCAAGCUGGCUCAGCGGCUCCGGACCAUCCUGGAGCAGCGGGACCGGAUGAUCAAGCAGGGGAAAUACACACCCCCCGAGCAUCACAUGGGCAAGGAGGAGCCCAGGCCCUGAUUGCCUCUGGAGUUCCUCUGGGAAGAAAAAAAUUCCUCUUGGAAGAAAAAUUCCUCUUGGAAGAAAAAUUCCUCUUGGAAGAAAAGCCCCAGAGCACGGGGCAGGGGCCCUGCUGUGGCUGGAGGGGAGCAGCCUGAGGCUGGGCAUUGCUGGGGCAGUAAAUAUCCCUUUGGAAUGUCUCCUUGCCUCUGUCUUGUCUGUUUUUUGUGGGUAAAACACCUCAUUUCCACACAGAUUCAGAGAGGAAGUGGAUGGAUUGGGGAUCUCGUGGCUUCUCAAUGUGUGGGAGGCAGAUUUCCUCACUGGGGCUGUGAAAUCCCAUAUUCCAGCAGGAUCCAUGGAGGCCCUGGCACAGCCCAGGGGGUUUGUUCCUCCCAAGGAGAGUUUUUCCUUCCAUUCCCUCAGUUUUGGAGCAGCACUAAAGGAGAAAAGUCCCUGGAAGUGGAGAGUGCCCAGCUCUGUGCUUUAAUCCACGUUUUUAAGACUGCUGGAUCUUUGCUGGGAGAUCCCUGAUCCCAAAUCCCUCUGCUGGGAUGGCAAAGGCUGAGCCCAGCGUGACCUCUGGGGGCAGGGAAGUGACACAAGGGACAUUUCAGGGGGGACAUUCCAGACCCCUGCUUCAUGCUGGGCACGACAGGAGUCCCACGGAUCCCUGACUCCUGGGAUUGCUGAGCCCUUGGGUGACACCUGGGUGCUGCUCUGGGGGGCUCUGAGCCACCCCAGGGUGUCCAGGGCAGGGAUCUGAGCCAGGAGAGCUCUGUUAUUUCCCCCUGGAACAAAGUGCACUGCAAAAAGCCCUUCCCUGCAUUUCACAGGGGCCAUCCCAGCAGGGUUUGAGCUCUCCCUGGGAUUUCUGCUCCCCCCACAGCAGCCCUGCCCGAGGUUUGUCCCUUCCCCCAGGCCCAGAUGGAUUCCUGUGCUCUGCCUGAGUCACAGCCACCAUUCUCCCUGGACUGGAGAGCUCCAGAUUCCCACUCUGGGCUCAAAUCGUCACAUCCCUGUCCCAGGACUGGCUCCUCUUUGUUUGGCACUGCUGAUCACACUCUGCCAUUUGUGUUCCCUCUAAUGUACAUAAUUUCUCUGGAAAUAAUGUCCUUUUAAAAUAUUUUUUUUCAUGAAUGUUUAUCUUUUUCUCCUGUUUCCUGCCCAAAGCAGGAAUAAAUGACCCAAGACCCCAUCCUGGCUGGAUCCUGGCUAAUUCCUGGCUGUCC